UUUCAUUUUGGUGUUUUUCAUUACUAGAAGACUGUCUCGUCGGUGAAAAUGACGUUAUGUAUUUUGAAGGUCCUCACAGGAUGUGAUUAGUUGACUUGACACCGGUGAUGAAACUUGAAAAUGAAGGAGCGGUGAAGAGGAAGAAGAAAGGGAACUUGCUUUGAAGCUAACUACUUUAGCAAGCUUCUGGUUUUAGCGUUUUGAUAAUGGCGCCUUUAGACCUUGAUAAGUACGUUGAAAUAGCAAGACACUGCAAAUACCUGCCGGAAAAUGAUCUAAAGAGAUUAUGUGAUUAUGUUUGUGAUUUACUGCUGGAAGAAUCCAAUGUUCAGCCAGUCUCUACUCCAGUUACUGUUUGUGGAGAUAUUCAUGGUCAGUUUUAUGAUCUUUGUGAGCUCUUCAGAACUGGAGGCCAAGUUCCAGACACAAAUUACAUUUUCAUGGGAGACUUUGUAGACAGAGGAUAUUAUAGCCUGGAGACAUUUACACACCUGCUAGCUUUAAAAGCAAAGUGGCCGGAUCGUAUCACACUUCUACGUGGAAACCACGAAAGCAGACAAAUAACACAAGUGUAUGGUUUUUAUGAUGAGUGCCAAACAAAAUAUGGAAAUGCAAAUGCCUGGAGGUAUUGCACAAAAGUGUUUGACAUGCUGACUGUGGCAGCUUUGAUAGAUGAGCAGGUCCUGUGUGUCCAUGGUGGUCUCUCACCUGACAUCAAGACUUUGGACCAGAUCCGCACCAUUGAACGUAACCAGGAGAUUCCCCACAAGGGGGCCUUCUGUGAUAUUGUGUGGUCAGAUCCAGAGGAUGUGGACACCUGGGCUAUCAGUCCACGAGGUGCAGGUUGGCUGUUUGGCUCCAAGGUUACUAAUGAGUUUGUUCACAUCAACAACCUGAAGCUCAUAUGCCGUGCACAUCAGCUGGUUCAUGAAGGCUACAAGUUCAUGUUUGACGAGAAGCUGGUGACCGUGUGGUCGGCGCCCAACUACUGCUACCGCUGUGGAAACAUCGCGUCCAUCAUGGUCUUCAAGGACGUCAACAGACGAGAGCCCAAGCUGUUCCGCGCCGUCCCUGACUCCGAGCGGGUCAUACCUCCCCGAACAACCACCCCCUACUUCCUUUAAUGACGAGAGCCAGUUCUCUCUCCUCUCCACCCUCUGGAGAUCUCAACUCUCAAACUUAUUUAUAUGUAACAUAUUUUAAGAAAUUUAAGGGAGUAACAUCACAGGUGUGUAGCAUUUUGAGUAGCAAAGGGUUUCUUCCAAGGCUGCAGUCUGUCUGCACCACACACAAAAACAUCCUCUUCUACCCCCAAUGGGAAAAUUGUACUUUUAAAUUUCUCCAUAUUUUAAUAAGAUAAUACUAAAUGGUUUAAUUUUGAUGUUAUGCAUCCCACUGAAGCAAAAAAAACAUUUAAACUGAGUGGUAAUUGCCAAUAAUUAAUGUUCAAAUAAAGUGAUAUAUAUUUUUCUUUAAGCAUUGUAGAAGUUGAAUCUCAUGGUUGCCUUUUAAAAGACUAGUUUUCACCAUUUAAGAUGAGAAUUUCUGCAAUUAGGAAAUAAACUUGUAAUAAGUGUUCCUGUUUAAACACCUCAGACCCACUAUAUAAACAGCUGCUGAGCCCAUCCUACAGCAUUCUGCCUUAAAUGCGGGUUUUAUUUUUAAGUGUCGUUUUUAGACUUUUAAUUUAUUGUUUUUACAAACUAUCCUGUGUUUCUGCAGACACCAUAUAUUUUUUUAUGACCAACAGCCACAAGUGUCCGUCUUAAAUUGGCAUUUAAUUUAGCAUUUUCUCAUCACUGUGUCCAUCUGAUUAGUUUGAUAGUGUGAUGAAUUGUUGCUGCGACAUUGGCUUUCAUAAGCAACAUCAUUGCAAUUUGCAAAUACAUUUUCUAGUGCAAGUGCAUUUUCUUGAAUAGCUCAGCUCAGUAGUUGUAUUUGUAGAAGAGAAUGGUUCUAUUUGACGAUGUUCCCCUGUUUUGUUUUGUUUUUAUUUCAAUAAAACAUUCAUUAAAUCUU